ACAUCAGACUUCUCCAAAGCGAGUACUAGUUCACAUCACUAGAGCGUUUUCGAGUAAACUGAAUUAAAGAUAAAAAUAAAUUACGAAAUCAAUCAUGAAAGUGUUUGUUGCGUUAUCAGCUUUGUUGGCAAUUGCUUCUGCCACUCCUUUGUAUAAUCGUCUCAUUGUUCCUUCGAGUCAAUAUCACUCACAGGAUGGAUUUGGACAGUAUGCUUAUGGCUACAAUGAUCAUUUAUCCGCUAAGCAGGAAAUAAGAUCUCUGGGUGGCAUCACUAAAGGAUCAUAUAGCUACAUUGAUUCAAAAAAUGUUCUGCAAACUGUUAACUAUAUUGCUGAUGCCGGUGGUUUCCGAGUUGCUGCAACCAAUACGCCAAAACCUGUCGAAGCUCUAGUAGUACCCAUCCAGAAUUUACCUCAACAAGUUGCUGAGAUUCCAGAGGUGGCUGCUGCAAGGUCCGCUCAUUUGGUUGCCAUACAACAAGCCAAAUUGCAAUUGAGUGUCCCAUCAUAUGGUCAACCACAACAAGUUCAGGACACACCAGAAGUUGCUCUUGCUAAAGUUGCUCAUUUUGCAGCUAUAGAAGAAGCUAGAAAGCGAAUUGGUUACCAAGUUAUAUCAAUUCCAUCGGCUCCAAUUGAACUUCCACGACCAGUUGAAGACACACCUGAAGUUGUUGCCGCCAGAGCAGCCCACUUUGUUGCUACAGAAGAAGCCAAGAGACAAGCUACUGCAAUUCCAGCUCAAAUAAUUGAACUCCCAAAACCAAUUGCGGACACACCUGAAGUUGCCCAAGCUAAGGCCGAACAUCUGGUUGCAAUCGAACAAGCAAAACUGAGGAACUCUUAUCAACCAAUUCAAAGUGGAAUUACAAUUGUCCAAAGUGCUCCAUCUCACGUUCAAGUGCCACGACCUUCCUCUGGAUUCUCAUACUCGUCUAGUGCUAGCGAAGCUCCUGUUUUGAACUACGCCUACUCGCCAUACGUGAGGUAUCAUCAGUUGUACAGUUUAUAAAACUGCUAAACUGGAUAUUAAUAUGAGAGUUGUUAAAUUGAUACCUUUGUUAUUUGACUUAACUAUUGGAUAAAUAAAUUUUACGCAAGCAAGAAUGAG